CAUGUCAAUAAAUAAAAAACAAAAAUUAAAGAAAAAAAACAAAAAGUGUCCUAAAAAGUGAAAAGUAAAUGAAUUUGACGAGCUACAAAGAGGUUCUCUUGAGAGUGACAUAAUUUAUUUCACUUGACAUUCGCAAUAAAAAUCUUUCAAAACAUGCGCCGUCCAAUUUUAUUCUAUUUUCAGUUAGAGACGUAGUUUUGUUGAAUGAAGACACGAAUUCACAGCAAAAAGCAACACUAAAUUCUUAAGUUCGCGAUAAUUGAUAACAUAUUUAUGUAAAUACAACAGAUACUGUAUAUAGACAUUUUAUGUACAAAGAAAUAGAAAAGCAUUACUGAGGAAAAUACCCGUGUGACUAAGUAGCAAGUGAAAAAACGAAAGACAAAGAAAAACAAGGAAAACUCGAUGUCGAACAAAAAAUAGAUACAUCACAUGUUAGACACACAUGCAGAAAAACUGUAAAUAAAAUAAUUAACAGAAAUAAUAAUAAUGAUUUCGAAUGAAGUGAAAAUCCAAGCUGGCUCGAUAUUGAGCAUUGCAAGUCUCUUGAUUUGGCUCAACUGUCGUCCAUUGGGAAUAAUAUUUUUUACGAUAUUAAUUGUAUUUUCAUACAAACAAUUGUAUCCAAAAGCCAGACUACAGAUCCCUCAUGAGGUCCAAAAAAGUUUCGCAACUCUCACUAAAAAUUUUGCUGAGUUACGGAAGGAAAAGCCAGGUGCUUUUUGUUUAGUCGUCAGUGGUGGUUUAGUAACUCUUGCAGUGGCUGGUCAUUACAUUUUAGGAGUGUGGCUUGUUCUAGUGACGCUGAUUGCAAUAAUAUUGCUUUGUGCGAAAUAUAAUGUUAUUAUUGUACAUGAUAAUAUCAUUGAUGAGAAAUCCAAAGAGGAGCUUGCUACUGAAGAUACGGGUGAAAUCAGCAAAGAUCCUCCUUGGAGCCGUGCAAAUGAGUAUGAAAUUCCGGAUGAAUUUCUUCCUGACGUUAGUGACGAAAUGAACAUAUCGCUCUUGCAGAAAGUGGCUGAAGAUGCUGAUGUUAGUAGUUACUAUUUGUACAAGGAUAACUCAAAUAAAAAUGCAGACAAAGAAGAUAGUGAUUCGGAAGUACCAUCUGACUUGCUCCUGACGUCUGACAAAAUUCCUGAAAUCGAAGACGAAGAAAUGACCCAUCCUUCAUCUGGCUUAAGCCCCUUGGAUAGUCCUUUGGACAUCGAAUUGCCUCGCAAUGAUAUUAAAGUAUCGUAUGAUCCCUUUUCUGAAGGCAUUGAAUUUAGGAAUCAGCGUGAUUUCAAUGAUGGAUCUUCAGACAGCGAUGACUCGAUAUCUCGUGGAUUAAAUUUCCAGGAUGUUUCAUUACCCGAUGGAUCCCGCAGUGGUCCAAAGGAUAACAAACAAACAAAGGAUGGUAGUUCACAAAAAUCCAGUCAGAUAUACGUCCCAUCGAAAAUGUCUUCAAGCUCUAGUCAGCAACCGGAAGAGUUGGAACCAAAAAAUAACUCUCCUAACUGGAAUAUCGUUAAUAAUUUGUGGGAUGCUGUAAAUAGCAGUGUUGCACCGCUGCAACCUACAGUAAUAUCUGCAGGCAAUGUAAGCCGCUUGCAAAUACAACGUAAAAGUGUAAAUGCAGAAUUGUCGUCUGACGAGAGCGACUUUGAACUCCUUGACAGUGAAGACUUGAAUAUCAACACUUAAUGUUUUAUCCGCAACAAAAACGAUAUCCCAUUAUAAAAUUGAAUUAUAAACACUUGAAAUUACCUUAAUGUACCCAACAAAAAAGUGUCAUGAUUAUAUUAAUAUGAUUUAAGAAACCAAAUAUUUAGUUUUUUUUUUGUAUAAUGAUUACCAGUUAAAUUGUGGUUGAAAUUCCAUCCUUCAAAUUUUUAAACUGGGUACGAAAUAUAUUUAAAUGAUCAUCUACUUAGACAGCCGCUUCAUUGUUCCUUUAUUUACUUUUAUAGAAUAAAUUUCCUCUUUAAGAC